GAUUUAUUGAAGCACUCUGCACUUUUCAUUUCAUUGAGAUGAAAGAUCAAAAUCGGACGGUGUUUUUGUUUGUCGCAGCUUUGAGUUUUCAUUAACUAUUAUUCGCGGCUAAUGUUAAGCUGAACGCCGACGCUUAAAUUAGGCUUUAGUUAUUACUUUUUAGUCUUUACUCUUUAGUGAUGAUAAAAUGUCGGCGUUAUUGGGACAAUACAUCUUUACAAUAGGAUUGUUUCUUACAUUUUAUAGUGUUUUGUGUCAAGAAAAUAGCAAAUCUCUAUACGUGGCGGAAGACCCGCAUAAUUCUCGGAAAAUAACUGUAAUUAACCGAAAUGUUGAACAAACUCAGAGUGAUGUGGUAGAAAGACAAAAACGAGAUGCGACGACCUUAUCUUCGGCUCCUCCUGUAAAAAACAUCAGUACAUGGACAACCCAUUUGAAUGAUAGUCAUCAGCAGUUAAUGGUACAUUGGGUGGGUGAGGGUUCCAAUGUUAUCAUAUGCCUGGCUAGGGACUCCAGUCCUAGAAACAAAGCAUCAAUAUCACCAUCAGCUCUCUACAUAUCUUAUGACUAUGGGAAAAACUUCACAAACAAAACGGAGAGCUUUAGGCUGGGUGAUGAGCCUACUAGUGGAUAUGCACAGCUUGAUAAGUUCUUUAACCAUCCCAAGUACCCCGAAUUUUGUGUAUUUAUUGAUUCUACCAAUAAAAAGUUAUAUAUGACAAGCGACAAUGGACAAACUAUACGCAGAACAGAUUUAAACUUCCACCCAAAUGAACUGGCUUUUGAUGAGGAGUUUCCUGUCAGAUUUGUGAUAUUGGACAAAACGGAUCCUAAUAGAAAUCUGUACCUCACGUUAGACGGUGGAAAGACCUUCAAAUUGAUUCAGACUUUCGUCAAAACAUUCUUCUGGUCGUCCGGGCCGGAGUUUCCGAAGGUGUUCUAUGUGGAGCAAUGGAAGCCGAAAGGCAUGUCGACUGUUCUGCAGGUCCAAGAUCCGGCAAACAUGAGAGAUGCACAGGAACUGUUCGCAAAAGCUAAGGACUUUCAGAUAAAGGGCGAUUACAUGUUUGCGACGCGGCAAGCGGAAAAUAAAAACAACGUAGAUCUGUAUAUCUCGUACCAAAGAGGACCGUUCUACAAGGCGAAAUUCCAAACCGAGCUAGACCUAGUGAAGUUCCACAUCGCCGACGUGACCGACAAACGUAUAUUCGUCUCUGUCAUGCACACGGAGACCGUAGCGCACCUGUACGUGUCUGAGAUCAACACGAACUUCACGGAGUACAACUUCGUGUUGAGCUUGAAACAAGUGCUCUGCUAUUUCCCAGACGGAAACUGGAAGGAUAGUUGGCUCGAAGACGUAACGGAAGACCCAUUCACAGACUUAUAUCGCGUUGAAGGACUUAAAGGCAUCUACAUAGCAUCUAAGGUGAACUCCAAAUCGCUAAUACCGGGCAUCGAACCUGAUCACCUAGUCUCGGUAAUCACCUAUGAUCAUGGAGCCACAUGGUCAUCGAUCGCACCGCCAGCUGAGGAUGAGAAUGGCAAGCCAUUUAAUUGUCACUUGGAGAAUUCGUGCAGUUUGCAUUUAUGCCAGAAAUUCAGUCAGCUGUAUCCAGUUACAAGCCCACCGGGAAAUGUCAUUAACAAUGAUUUGAGAUCUGCAAGCAUUAUGAGCUCAAAGUCAGCACCAGGCGUUAUUAUGGCAACUGGUGUCAUCGGAAAGUCACUCAAAGGUAUUCCUGGUGUGUAUCUCAGUCGAGAUGCAGGUCUUACUUGGAAACGGAUAUUGAAGGAUUAUUACUUCUUCAAUUAUGGUGAUCACGGCGGUGUAUUGGUAGCUGUGAAGUACUUCAAGUCGAGGGGUGAGACAAGAAGGAUUCUCUAUUCAACCAAUGAGGGAAUGGACUGGAAUUCUUAUGAGUUCAAUGCAGAGGAUUUACGUAUCUAUGGGUUGAUGACUGAACCCGGUGAGAAUACAACAACAUUUACAAUGUUCGGAUCAGCGAAUGAGCAACACCAAUGGAUCAUAAUAACUAUAGAUCUUUUCAAUACAUUCGCGCGGAACUGUACGGCGGAAGAUUACAAAUUCUGGUCGCCCUCCCCUCCCAACUCAACCGUACACUGCGUCCUUGGAACUAAGGAGAUAUUCCAAACAAGGAUGCCUCAUACCAACUGUUAUAAUGGCGUUGGUUACGUCAGACCAAUAAAAAAAGUAAUUUGCCAAUGCGGUCGGCGGGACUAUGAAUGCGACUUUGGAUUUGUUCUCUCAAGCAACGUGUGCAUAAAAAAUCAAACCCUAAAGUUUGAUCCAUACGAAGUACCCUCAAAUUGUCAACCCGGACAUUCCUACAAACGUACAAAGGGCUACAGAAAAAUUGACGGAGACGUCUGUGCGACGCCUUAUUACACUCCAUACGAACCAGACACAAUACCCUGCCCUCUCGAAGAACCAUCUGAAUUCAUCUUGGUCGCCCUAAAAGAUAAAAUAGCGCGAAUUAAUUUAUCUGACAACACAACUGUUAUAGCUAUCACUGGACAGGAAAAUAUCCUGGCCAUCGAAUUCGAUAUGAAAAAUAACUGCAUCUAUUGGUCUGAUACAGCAGUUGAUACAAUUAACCGCCAGUGUUUUGGUAAUGGAACAAAGCGAGAAAUUAUCGUCGAUACCGAUCUAGCAAGUAUCGAAGGGAUGGCCUUGGACUGGAUAUCCAAUGUUUUGUUCUUUGUUGAUGGGUUGAGGAAGAAAAUUGAGGCUGUCAGAACUGACUUGAGCAGUCAAAAUAGAAUGAGAACAACGAUUCUUGAUGCUAAGGUGCUGUCGCAACCCAGAGGCAUUGCUGUCCAUCCCCGUGCUGGAUUUUUGUUCUGGACAGAUUGGGAUAAAAAGCACCCAUCAGUUUCAAGAUCUCAUCUUGACGGUAGUAAUGUCAAGAAACUUUUCACUAAUCCGGUAGUCCAGUGGCCCAACGGUAUUACUAUUGACCAAAUGGCGGAAAGAAUUUACUGGGUUGAUGCUAAGGAAGACUACAUAGCCAGUGCGGAUUUGAACGGACAAUAUUUCAGGCGGAUUUUGUGGCACGAUCGGAAGGUGUUUCAUCCUUUCGCUAUUGCGGUGUUAAAAGAUAAAAUGUAUUGGGACGAUUGGCAGGCAAAAUCAAUAUUUAUGGCCGAUAAAGACACAGGAGCCAACGCUAUAACUAUAGAUGAUUCUUUCACUGACCUCAUGGAUUUGAAAGUGUUCGCGCAUUUCAUGCAACACGGCAGUAAUGCGUGUUCGUAUAAGAACACAAGUUGCGACACGCUGUGCCUGGGCGGACCCGGAAAAACAUUCUCGUGCUUGUGUCCUGACGGGUUUAAGAAGGUUAAUGGGAAAUGCAUGUGUCUCAACGGCAUGGAACCAUCUGCGAAUAUGACGUGUAUGAAGAUAUCUGGAACUUGUACUCCCAAUGAGUUUACGUGCAAAAAUGGAAUGUGUAUAAAUAGUACGCUGCGGUGCAACGGUUACAACGACUGCGGAGACCAGUCGGACGAGAGCGGGUGUCUGUGUGAGCCGCCGAUGGUCGCGUGCGGAGACACCAGCUGCUACAUGCCGCAGUGGAGGUGCGACGGGGACAUUGACUGUCCGGACAUGACUGACGAGAACGAUUGCCCGAAGAAGAACUGCAGUGAGAUCCAAUUCCAAUGUGGUAAUGGUGAAUGUAUAGAGAAGAGAUGGGUCUGUGAUGGAGAUAACGACUGUAGGGAUGGAUCUGAUGAAAGGAAUUGUACAGAAACCAUUUUGUUAAAACGACCUGACCCACUGACCUGCAGUGACAACGUGUUUUCAUGCGGCAACGGUAGCAGUCUUUGUAUACCCAACUCGUGGGUGUGCGACGGAGAAUGGGACUGCCCCGGUGGCGAGGAUGAGGAGAACGCCAAGUGUAUGAACUCUACGUGUUCUCCAUUUAUGUUCCGCUGCCCUAGUGGCAAGUGUAUAUAUAGAUCUUGGGUAUGCGACGGCGAAAACGACUGUACCGACGAACCUGCAUCAGAUGAAAAGGACUGCACAGGAACCGGUCAUUCGAAAUUAAUCCCGCGACCGACGGACAAGCCAACAUUCCCGACGAACGGUUCCUGCCUCGAUUGGAUGUUUAAAUGUGACAACGGCAACUGUCUGCCAUACUGGUGGCGCUGCGACGGUAUCAACGACUGUGGAGACAACUCCGACGAGACCGCGUGCGGACUCAUCGCGCCACACACGAGCUCAGUACGUCCGGAGCACGAUGCCACGCGCCAGAAGUGGUGCACGAAGAAUCAGUUCACAUGUUCACCGGGUGUGUGCAUCCCUCUGUCGUGGGUGUGUGACGGAGCCCGCGACUGCGCGCACGGCGGCGACGAGCGCGACUGCGAGCGAGCGAGUACGGCGGCGCCGAGCGCGGCGUGCGGCCCCGACGCCACGCCGUGCGGCGACGGCCGCGGCUGUGUGCGGCUCGACCAGCUGUGCGACCGCGGCGUGGACUGUGCCGACCGCAGCGACGAGACCUACUGCGCAUCGGGUCUGCCGAGACACGGCAACUGUUCCGAUCGCUACUUUGAAUGCGACGAUGGCGCCAAGUGUCUGUGGACUAUGCUGGUGUGCAAUGGACGACAGGACUGUUACGAUGGCAGCGAUGAAGCAGAUUGCUCCGGCGAGGCUAGCGAUAUCGAUCAUAUGUACAAUUUCUUCAGUGUCGGCGUCGAUCAGGCGUCGAUAAACUCGAGCAGUUUCCUGAUAUCGUGCUGGCUGGCCCAGCGGAGGAUGGUGAUGUACGACUUCCUGCCCGCCAUCGCGAAGGUGGAAGACAACGUGUGGACUAACAUGACGUGGACCAACAGCAGCAUUUAUAGAUUCACGGACUUGGAACCGUUCACAAACUACAACGUAACUGUGUACGUUAGAGACAGCAUAUCGCGUCGCGUGUUCGCUACGUACAAGUACGUGAACACAACGACUGGGGAAGGAGUUCCUUCGGCGCCCCGUCGUUUAACAGUGCGACAAAUGGUCGGCAGUCGAGUGAAUCUCUUAUGGGACCCGCCAUCGAGCCCGCGAGGAGUUAUCAAGUCCUACACAAUAUACUACGUGCCGCCCCUACCGCCCAUGGAGAAAAUAGUCCCCGCCGGCACUUAUAAUACUACUGUCUCAUUUAUACUACAUGGAUACUUCAAGCCGAAUACUAAUUAUUCAUUCUGGGUGACAGCAACAAACGACGCGUACACUUCGAACUCCACUGAUAUCUGCUACUUACUGUUCGAUGACGUCAGUGACGUCGAUGAUAUAGUCGACGUGAGCAUGAGGCGUAUCAACGACACGGCCCUGUCGCUAGAGUGGCACAAAGUGAGGGGCGUGGAGGGGUACUUGGUGGAGCCAAGGUUCCCUCGGAACUAUGUCUUGCGAGAUUUUAUCAAUACCACUGUUAAUAAUGUUACAUUAACAAACCUCCCGCCCGGCGUCCAAAUAUACGUAGACAUUCGGGCGUACAAGGACGACGUUAUCGGAUCUCCAUUCACGUUGCCCAUACCGAAGCGGGGCGUGGCCGAUGAAACACUGAACAUGACUGCGGCGCUGCUAAAGGAGAAGGGCACUUCCGUGGAGCUGAGCUGGUCCCGACCCUUGGCCGAGAGGUACAGAGGUGUGGACUUGGAGUAUGAAGUGCACUACUGCAAUAUUCACGAUUGGAAGAUGAACCCGGUGACAAUGGAUAAUGGUACAGUCAUAGUGACGAAGAACACAAGUGCAAUAGUGGAGGGGCUGAAUGCGUGCGAAAGUUAUUUAUUUACCGUUGGAUUGAAAAAUGGACCCCUGGCACUUAUGAAGGAGAUUAUCACCAGGGAAAAUCCAAAAGCCCCUGUGAAAGAUCUACGCUUCGCUUUCAACGAUGAGAAAUCUGAGCUUCGAAUAUACUGGAGGGCAAACUGUGACAUUAUAAAGGAUCCUGUCUCCUACAGGUUGGAUAUAACUGAGCGCACUCGCGAGAAGACGAGCCGCUACGAACUGCCGGCCUCCAAGAACGUGUCACUCACACACACGUUGGUCAACGUGCCCGUCGGCGGCCGCUACGACGUCUGCUUGAGGACGGCGACACCCGGAAGCAGCGAGAUAUGCGGUUUUUACAAAACUGGUGAGAUAGAGGCGCCCCGCUCCCUUGUGGCUUGGCAGUCGCCCAACGGUCAUAUUCUGCUCACAUGGGAACAUCCACAGCUCGACCAUACGCGAAGUGUGAAGUAUCAAGUAAUCGUGUCAGACAAGGAGAUCCCUGAAGACCUGCUGCACCCCACGGAGGACAUGCGCACGUACGAGGCGGAGUUCUCCCCGCUGCUCGUGAGCCACGGGCCGCAGGGCGACGGGCCCGUGUUCGUGAGCGUGCGAGCUGUCACCGAGGACGGCUACUACAGCGACCUGAGCGAAGUGCAGAGCUUACUGAUGACGGGAUUGGAGGAGCCCGAAGCGAUCGUGUCGACGAGUGGCGCCGUGCUGUGGGGAGCUCUGUGCGCGGCGCUGGCUGCCGUCGUGCUCGGCGUGUGUCUGUUGAGCACCACGCUGCGGAACCGGCGCCUGCACAGGUCCUUCCUGCGCCUGGCCGCCACGCCCAGAUACGACAGUCGCCGCGGGCAGGCCACCAUUGAGCAUGAAGACGAUGACGUGCCCCCAAUCCAAGGAUUCUCCGACGACGAGCCGCUAGUAAUUGCCUGAGCAGCUGAAAUGUGAUUAUAUUGUGAUCUUUAAAUUUUUAUUCAACUACCCACAUAUCAUUCAAAUUUGACAAGUGAUUGAGUCUUUAUUUCUAGCCUUCAUUUAAGUGAUAUUAUUUUAUAUUUAGUGGGUAAAGUUUAAAACAUACAUAUGAUUUAUUUGUAUUCAUUCUUUAGCUAGUCGUUGUUUCAACGAUAAGUAUUAUAGUAUUUAGGUUUGGUGGUUAUAUUUUGUUUUCUUUCUUUUUAUUACGAUUCAGUACCGUUACCGAAAUAGGACUGUUGUACUGUCGUUUCGUUUUUAGUCGUUCUAUAAAAGUACAUCGACAAUUUUAGAUUGUCUUUAGGGCAUUAUACAUAACAACAUUAAUAGUGUAACGCAUUUAACUUAUCCUAGUUUUCUUGAAAAAUAUCUUGUUUCUAUUGCGAUCCAUACAUUACAAUAAAAGAAAUUUAAAAAAAAUGACUGAAACAAAAUUAUUUAAUGUUUUGGCAGAAUUUAUAUUUGAGUUUAGUUGUUAUAAUUAUAUUAUUAUUGUUAUCAGGGAAACGGAUCGCAGGUGUAAAAUGAAAGACUUUUUUGUAAUUAUAAAUAAUUUUUUAAACGGUAUAUCAUGACUCAAGUUCGACACCAAAGAUUGCACUAAAUGUUAGAAUUAACGUAUUUUAUGUGUAUUUAAUGUGUUGAAUACAUAUAUAAAUAUAUAGUUUGUAUCGAGCAGUCUAUAAGUAGUUAAUCUUUUUGUGUUGAACGAAAUUGAGAGCGUUUAGAAACUAUUUCAUAAAUCACUACACAUCAUAUCACAUUUGGCAUUUGAAAUUUUUGUAGAAAACUCGAAUUUUAAUGUUUUUAUUUUUUUUUACAAUCUGAUAAUACCUUACUCAGUUACAAAUUAAUAUUUUGACACGGUUUGCAUUGCGGAGACUGUGGCUUGAAAUAAGUAAUAAAAACUUGGCCCUAUAUAUAAAUAUCUACUUUUAUUUCCAAUAAUAAGAUGGAUGGAUUUUGUAAAACAUUUUAUUUAACAUACGGCCAUUAGCCAUAUUGAGGUUAGUAACCAUAUUAAAUAAAUAUCUAUGCACCUACUGGUGUAUUUUAUUCUGUAUUUUUCUAAAUUUACCAAUGAAAUCAAUUUCUUAGUUUUUGUUACACUUAUGGUUUGUAAAGUGGCUUUAGAACAGUUCAGUGCAGCCCUGUUUCACUGCGACCAAUGUGAUAUAUUGUGAUCAAAAUUUAAAAGAGUGUUUAUUACACACUUACAGGCAGCUGUUUUAGAUAUAUAUUUUAACACUGAUACUCUAAACGCACUUAACUGACAACAAUUUAAAAAGAAUUUAUAUUACAUCUGUUUCUAAUCAAUAACAUCAUCUAUUAUUAUAUCAAAGUAAUCAAUUUCUAAGUGUUUAUUACAUUGACAGGCAGCUGUAUUAGACUACAAUUAACUGUUUAAAAUAAUUUAUAUUACAUUUAUCUGUAAUUAAUAACAUCAACUAUUAUUACAAAGAAACCAACUUCUAAGUGUUUAUUACACUACAGGCAGCUGUAAGUGUAAUAAACACAUCAUAUAACUGUAUUCGAAGAUAAAUCUUUAAUCACAAAAAAUGUCUGUUUACGUAACAUUAAAAAAAUAGAAGAUAUAUUUGUUGUGAUAUGUAUGUGUAGUUGAAUGCCUAACAAUUGAAGUACAGAAACGCUCUCAUUGUUGUCGUCAUAAAAUAAUUAUAAUAGUUACGAUCUCGACAUUCCCAUGUUUGUGAGUAGUUUUUAUUUAGUUCCUAUUCAAAUUGUAAACGCCUCAUUAUAGAUUCUUAUGAUAUUUAUUUUCAUGUUUAUUAUGUAGUGAAAUUUGUAAUUUUGUAUGAACAUAAAUUUGUUAGAGUUGCUCAUUUAUUUCAAGGUUCUAACGAUAGAUAUGAAAAUUAUAAAAUGUAUGAAUAA